CGAGCCCACCCACGCACCAGCACCAAGCCCACGCAGCGCCCGCCUCCUCCCAGUCCCACCCCACCACACCCCUCGCUCCGAUCCCAAGGUUGGCGGCCGGCGGCAGGAUGAAGGCCAAGGCGGGAUCCCGCGCCGGCGGCUCCAGGCUCGCGGUGAAGAAGAGCAAGGCCGACAAGGACCCCAACAAGCCCAAGCGACCCCCGAGCGCCUUCUUCGUCUUCAUGGAUACCUUCAGGAAGGAGUACAGGGAGAAGCACCCCGACGUCAAGCUGGCCUCCGUGAUUGGCAAGGCCGGUGGUGAGAAGUGGAAGUCUCUGAGUGACGCUGAGAAGGCUCCCUACAAUGCCAAGGCCGAGAAGCUCAAGGCCGAGUACACCAAGAAGAUCAACGCCUACAACAACCCACAGGCAGGAGAGGCGUCCGGCGACUCUGACAAGUCCAAGUCCGAGGUGAACGACGAGGACGACGGCAGCGAGGGCGACGCGUGAAGCGGCAGCAGGGGGAGGGUGGUCUCUGGAACGUCGCCGUUUGAUGCUUCUCUGUUUGCCAGUGUCACCGAUCGAUGAUGGAUGUUUGCUGUUAGUUUAGCUCCUUGGUAGUCCCUCCCUCUCUUUCAGGCUCUCCUGCUGCUGCUGGUGGUAGUAAUGGUGGCUCUAGUCCCAUGUAGGCAUUGUCCUGGAUCCGAGUGGCGAAGUUGCUAUAGCCUAGUCGUCUUUCUGUAGGGUCCUGUGCUCGGACCGCCAUCUUCUGUUGCUUCGUUUUUAUGCUAGUUCAGUCUCUGUCGAAUGUACCUAGUGCCGUGCCCCGUGGCUGUUUUAAGAAUCUCAAUAUAUAUGGUGGUUGAAAAGAAA